UUUUCUUGGCGGUUCUACUUAGUAGGGGAAUCAUGGUUUUGCCCACUGGCUAGUGGUUCACACCUCAUCAUCGUCAUCAUCGUUUGUAGUCAUCGAAGGUCGCUGGCCAGGGCAUUAAAAACCAGGUGAUUGCGGGUAAGGUAACUCAAAACGUUAUUGGACACUCAGCCAAGAUGAAGUGCGAUCUGCAAGUGCCAAUUUUGCUGUUACUGGGAGUUAGCGCUUGGCGAACUGCGGCUCAUUCCCUGGGAGGCGGUGGAAUCGGAGCUGUUGGAGGAGUGGGAGCUAUUGGUGGUAUUGGAGCCAUUGGAGGAGUUGGUGGAAUUGGAGGAGCAGCAGUACAACAAGUGCCCGUUGUCCAGCAAGUUCCCGCUGUCCAGCAAGUGCCCAUUGUGCAACAAGUGCCCGUCAUCCAACAGCAACCGCAGGCUCUGGCACUCGGAGGAGGAGGUGGAUUUAUUGGCGGCGGGAUCGGAGGAGGUGCCGGAUUUGGUCACUACAAGGAAAGCUAUCGUGUGCGAUCGAGAGGAUUCGGUGGUGGCUACCGCGCCCGGUACGACAAAAAGUUUGGAGGAGGAUUCGCUGGAUUCGGAGCUGCUGCGGGAGCCGGUGCAGCGGGAGGUGGAUUGCUGGGAUAAACAAUACAAAAUAAUGUAGUUCAAUUAGUAAUUUUAAUAAAAGUUUUUUUUUACAAGAA